GGGAAGAACCAGAUUUCCCGGUCAUGAGUAGGGUAGGGAAAGCUCUUUUCCUCUCCGAAAAUGUCGCCGGAACAGAAUCACCAAAUCACGCCUCAAAUGCUCACCGGCGAGAUCACGGCGGAGCAAAGAGCCCGCAUUUCCCUCAAUUUCAGAGCUGCCAAGGCCCUUCUCGCUCGCAAACGCCCUCGCGACGACGUCGUUUCGUCUGGCCCCUCUCCCUUCCUCCUCAACAAAGUUCCCGAUGAAAAUGGAAUCGAGACUCCAGCUAGGGUUUCGGGAGUAAAGAGAGUUCCUCUUUCGGAGAUUCCGUUGAAUACGCUGUCUCCAUUUACUACUAGGUACAAUUCUCCGUUAGGCCGUGAACAAUUCUGCAAGAGCCUUAGUGGUGAUCGGAUUGCAGAUGUUCCUGUAGAGAAUGGACGUGUAUUGGAUUCCUUUAAAACCCCUAUCAAGCAUCCGGAACAUUCUAGACUAUCCGGUUCUUUCGCAGUUCCUAGCACUAUAGAUGACGAUGAUGAUUUUGACGAGUCCAUUUUCGAAGAAAUCGAUGCUUUGUGUGCGCAGAAAUCCAUGGAAAAAGCAGAAAGGCCUGCGCCAAGUAGCAACUCCAGUGUUGAAGGUCAACGUAAUAAUUGUAAUGGCGAUGAUGUUCUUUUUAGCAGUUCAGAGACUUUGCCAAGUGGAGGCAUACUGGGACUUGGAAACGAUGUGGAAUGUAGAACCGAGGAUUUGGAUAAUUCACAGGGUAUAACAAUUGGGAAAAUGCCUGAAGAGUUUUCCAAAUACACGCUUUCUCUAAAUGACAGGCAACGUGAAGCUGCUUGUUGUCAUAUUUCCAGGCCUCUGAUGAUUGUUGCUGGCCCAGGAAGUGGAAAGACUUCAACAAUGGUAGGAAGAGUUCUCAUGCUGCUUCAUGAGAACAUUAGCCCGUCAAAUAUUCUGGCUAUGACUUUUACUACGGCGGCAGCUUCUGAGAUGAGAGAGCGUAUAGGAAAGGUGGCUGGGAAAGCUAUUGCUAAAGAGCUCACAAUCAGCACGUUUCAUUCAUUUUCCUUGCAGCUUUGUCGAUUGCAUGCAGAAAAACUUGGGCGGACAUCAGAGUUCUUAAUAUAUGGACAUGAACAGCAGAGAAGAGCAGUCAUAGAGGCAGUGAGGUUAUUUGAAAAUGGAAGGAGUAAUAACAAGCUUGACUCUCGGGUGUUUGGUGAAGAGUCUAAUGGUAUAACUUCCCCACAGUAUUUUAAGGAUAUGUCAAAGAAAUGGCAGCAGUUUGUGACUCGGGCUAAAGCCUCUGGGAAUAUUCCUGCAGACUGCAGUAAAAUGGGUGAUGAAUCCGGAUCUGCGAUUCUUGAAAACUACAAUGAUAUCUUGAGAACUUGUAAUGCAUUGGACUACCACGACUUAAUUAGCUGUUCUGUGAAGCUGCUUACCGAACAUUCUGAAGUCUUCAAGGAGAGCCAGGAUACCUGGAAAGCCAUAGUAAUUGAUGAGUUUCAAGACACAAGUGCCAUGCAAUACAGUCUUCUGAAAGUUCUUGCAUCCCAUAACCGCAUAACUAUUGUUGGUGAUGACGACCAGUCCAUUUUCAGUUUCAAUGGAGCUGAUAUUUCUGGAUUUGAUUCAUUUCGCAAGGAUUUUCCAACUUACAAAGAGGUCAGACUAAACAAAAACUAUCGGUCCACUCGCUUUAUAGUUGAAGCUGCAUCUUCUGUCAUACAAAAUAAUAUGAAGCGAUGUCGAUUAAAGAAUGUUGACACCGAUAAUUCAAUUGGAUCAAAGAUUAUCAUCAAAGAAUGUCACAGUGAGGAUGUGCAGUGUGCUUUUGUUAUUGACAAGAUUCUUGAAACUGCUGCUAUUAGUUCAGCUGCAAAGUGCUCCUAUGGGAAGAUAGCAAUUCUUUACCGGCGGCAGGUAUCAGGGAAAGUCUUCCAAACAGCCUUCCGAGAAAGGAAAAUACCAUUUAACACUCAUGGUGUGGCAUUUUAUAGAAAAAAGGUAGUCAGAGCCAUUAUUUCUAUGCUUAGAAUUGCAUUGCCAAGUUGUGACGAUGGACCGUAUCGUCGAGUUUUCAAGGCUCUUCUUCCUUUUGAGAAAGAGGAAAAGAAGAGGGUAAUUGAGCAUAUUGACAAGAUUUCUACAGUUAGAAAAUGCAGCUUCAUUUCAGCCGCUUGCGACAUCUUCAGUGCAAAAAUUUCCGGUACCUUUAAAAGAAGCCAACUCACCCAAGGGCGCAAGGUGCUGUCAAUGCUAGAGAUGAUUUCAAAGCUAGUUCACAGGGAACAAUCAAUUUCAGCUGUCAUUAUCUCAGUGGCAAACUUGGUACCUCAGAGAUACCUCCUUGAGCAGCGGGCAGUCAUUGAUGUGGAUGGAGGAAAAUAUCUGAAUGAAGAGAACGACAUCAGAUCCGUUCUUCAGUACCUUCUAGAUGAUGUGUCUGAAUUCAUAUCAACCAAAUCUGUUGCGGCAGAAGGGGCAAAAGAAGAAGUGAAAGAAAACGGCUGUCUCAACUUACUCGGAGCUUUUAUAGACCAUAUAUUUGAGCGGGAGAGAGAAAACUUUCGUUCCCGAAGAGAGAAUAAUGAAAAUUCGAUCACGUUGACUACCAUCCAUCAGUCAAAAGGUUUGGAAUGGGACAUUGUUUUCAUAGUUAAGGCAAACGAAUCUGAGAUUCCUUUGCUGCAUGAAUUCAAUGGCGUGGCAAAGGAAAACGGGUCCUCAGUUGAGGAGGAACGUCGCUUGUUUUAUGUUGCAAUGACACGUGCCCGGAAGGUGCUCUUUAUUCUGUAUGUUUCAAUGGACUCCAAUUUUCAGAUACUUCGACCUUCACGAUUUCUCAAAGAAAUUCCAGAACAUCUUUGUGAGGUUCAGGGUGAACUAAGCAUAGAGCUACAAGAAAAGGAUCAUGACUGUGUAAAAGGUGCAAGCAAGAUUAGAGUUGAUCAACCUAGUCGAAUGCAAAGUUCUGAAGCAGAUAGAAUUCCAGAUGGCUUUGUCCAAAACAAAGUGAAUGAUGGUCAAAUCGAGGACGUAGAAUCCAUGGAAGAAAGCAAUGGAAAUAGUUUCUUGAAAAGAUUCAAUGUUGAAGAGAGAUCAAUUGUAUCCCAUGUAUUUCAUAAGUGGGCUAAGAAACAAGCAUUUCAAGAUCCUAAGAGAUUGCUUGAUAAGGUUGGCUUUGUAAUUGAUGAGCGCCUACGAGUCAAGAACAACAAACAAAAGGACGUUUUACGCACGUUGAAGUUGCGCCUUAAAUGCGAGGAUGCAUUUCAAUUUGCGGAGUAUGUUUUAAGAUGGGAAAAAAUCCCUGCUGAAAAGCGUGCCCAUUUAAUGCGGGAAAAGCAGGAGCAUUUCCAGAAAUUAAGGAUUGAGAACUCAAUGGGUUUAUCAGCACCAACAGCCAAACAGAUAUCUUAUCUGCAGAGUUUGGGUUGCACUGUGGUCCCUACAUCACGGCUCCAUGCUUCUCAUCUGAUUGAGCAAUACAAAUCAUUGUGAUUGGAGAUAGUCAUUAUGAAGGUUGAACUUUUCAAAAAAACUAAUUGGAAACUAAAUUAUCAAUUAUUUUUUGAAGUAUAUUUAUCUCUUACAGUUCUCAAUGAACGUUGACGUCCUCUGUAACUGUCUCAACUAGAACCAAAAAGCAAUGUAACGCGUUCUCAUUUCAAACAAAUGGAGCAAGUACUAAGUAGCACUGCCAGUAGUUUUCUUUCCUUUUUUUAUAAAAAAAUUCUAUCUCCAUCUCUCUCUCUCUCUCCUUGAGAAAAUCUUUUAGGCUUGUUUGUCUGAUCUGCACAAAUAUA